AUGUAUCGUCCUGUGGGUCUCCUAGUUUGCGACUUUGACGAGACUAUAACUCAGUGCGAUUCAACAUGCGAGAUAGCGAAACUUGCGUAUGAAAAGAGGUCACGACAGGGUAAAUGCCCGCGGUCAGACAAAAAUAAGUCCAUCGAUGUUUGUCCACGACCGUGGUCACACUACGUGAAAAGUUAUUUCAGAGAACGUAAGGAACACAUCAAACGUUGGCAUGAAACUAAUUCAAACAAAUCACUUCAAGAUCACUAUGAAUUUUUGAAAACACUUGGAGAAGUUGAAAUGAUUUCAAUGGAACGCGUCGAAGGGGAUAAUUGUUUGUCUGGAAUAUGUAGUAGCGAAUUGUUUGAGCAUGGAAGAAUGCUAAAAAAACGAGAUGGAGCUGCGGAAGUUUUGAAGAGAUAUUUACCAAAACAUAGAGGCGGCAAUGAUUCUAGACACCUAUAUAUCCUUUCUACAAAUUGGUCACGAGACAUGUUAUUUGGCAGCUUAAAGGAUUAUGUCGGAAUAGAAAAAGAACGUAUUGUAUCAAAUGAUUUAAUCUUUGACGAAGCAGAUACUGCAACCGGAAAAUUAGAGAGGAAUGUACUUUCGGCAAUUGAUAAACUUAAAAUAUUUAAAAGUUUGGAAAUUCCUAAGGGAACAAUGUCAGUUUACAUUGGCGAUUCCGAUACGGAUUUACCUUGCAUGUUGGAGGCUGAUAUAGGAAUCAUAAUGGGAAGUAAUUGUGCGCUAACAGAAACUUGUGAAAAAUUUGGAAUUGAAGUUGUUGAUGGGCUAGUGGGGAAGAUAAAUAUGAAAGAUUUUAGUUCUAAGAAGGGAUGCAACAAACUUUUUAGGGUCCAAGAAUGGAAGGAAAUAUUAGAUAGUAAAUUGUUGGGUGAUUAA